CAGCAUGGAAAUGCUUUCAAUGAUCGAGAAAGAGCUAAAUGAUAUCUGUCAGCGCGCAGAGAUGCUCCAAAUCAGUACUAAAGAGAGACUAGCCGCAGCCAUUGAAGAAUCCAAGGAGCAGCUUGAAGAAGCAGAGGAGUUGUUAAAACAAAUGGAGCUCGAAAUGGUCCAGAUGAAUACUUCUGCUAAAGAAUCAUAUAAAGAACGUCUCAGGACAUAUAAGGAUAACCUUCAAAGAGCAAAGCUCAAGGUUUCAAAGAUGGAGGAGCAAUACCGAACUCAAAUGAAUAAGGAAACAGCAAUGGGAGGAUAUUAUGAUGAAGAAAAUAAAUAACGAAGGAAAACAAACACUUUUAAACAGUGGCAACCAAGCCUUACUCAAACAAAAUCAAAAAUUGCAAGAUGCCGUUCGCUUUGGUGAAGAAGCAGAGAUUCAGGCAAGAGACAUCAAGAUUGACCUAGAAGGACAAACAGCUAAGCUUGAAAACGUGAACAGAAAUAUUGGUGGGGUCAAUAAUAACCUCCAUCAAGGAAAUAAGCUGAUUGAUGUCAUGAAAAGACACGAGAUGAAGAAUAAGCUGCUUUUACUAUGAGUAUGUGUUACUGUAGUCAUGGGAAUACUAAUAUGAGCAUAUUUUAUCCUUAUAAAAUAG